ACAGCAUCAGAUCACAAAGGCAGAGGAUGAAGCCCUCCACUUAGUUGCUAACAGACCUUAAGUUGUAGGGCAGUCAGUCACCACACAGGAAGUUGUUUUUAGGUUGCAGUGGGCUGCUCGGCACUCGCAGACAGUCACAAAGCUACUCGGGUGUUGCCGUUCGGUGUACGGGAGAGGAAGAAAAAUUGCAGACUUUUUAUUUCCGUGAGCGAAUGCAAACCAAAGACGCGGCGUUUACUGGAUACCCGCUGACGCAGGUGUGUGCUUUGUUCAAGUCUUCAGAAAAGCCGCCGAGAGAAAGGAACAGCCAUGAGUUCACUGUGAUAAUGGAUCGCUUCAAAGAAGACAGGAACAGAGCUCAGACAUGUGGUGACACGGUGGAGCCCGAGUAUGACGUGGUGGAUGACCAGGAGGAAGUGCACAACGUGCGCAUACUUCCUGCCAGGCCUAUACAUGAUGAGAGGGAGUACGCAGACAGGGAUCUUCCGAGGUUAUCGUCUGCUCAAAGCCCUUCAUCAAUCUCUACUCGUAGACCCCUUCCUCGAUAUCCACCCAGAGAGAUCACCCAUAAUAGAGGGCCUGCUGUAAAUAGAGAGCUGAAGCCAGGCCGGCGAAAAAGGAAAUUAGACCGGAGGCCCCCACCUUUGGAGCCAGAGGAGCAACCCUCUCGCAGAUGUUCCCCGCCCCAUCCACCUUCUGCCGUGGACGUAGCGAGCGCCCUCGCAGGGCUGGCGGUAAAUGAAGCCAGCGGGAGUGACAAACAACUGAGACACGCAGAAAGAGGAGACGUCAGAUCGCAUGCCAAAGGUCCACAACCUGCCAUGCUGACCCAUCAAAGACAUUCUUUGGAUUUGGAGACUCAUGACUUAGAGAAUAGGUCACAUCAGCAGUUAGAACGCUCGCCGUCAAGACGCCAUCACCAUGAGUGGCCUCAAACCAAGGAAGACAUCGACCAAAACGAUUUUGUUCCGGCAGACAAGCCCAACACCUACUGUGAGGAAGACUGGUAUGUCGGGGCUUGUAAUCGGACAGACGCGGAGCACGCCUUGCACCUGGUGAACAAGGAUGGGGCGUUUUUAGUGCGCGACUGCUCAAUCAACACCAACAGCGAACCCUUGGUGUUGGUCGUGUAUCAUGAGAGGAAAGUCUAUAACGUAAAAAUCCGGUUUAUUGAGGCCACCGGGAAAUACGUGUUGGGGACGGGCCAGCGAUCAAACGAUAUAUUCGACUCGGUAGCAGGAAUCAUCAAAUUCCACUCCAUUUUUCCAAUAACACUCGUCAGCGGGAGAAACACGGCAGCCAGCAAAUGCCCAGACAACUGUGUGCUGACAUGUCCAAUAACGAAAAGGGAUGUUGUACAGCUCCUAAAGUAACGUCUGCACCUUCCAGCAAAGAAAACACGUUUGAGCUUGCGCUGUUCUCCACAAGAGCUACAAUAUUAUUAAAAUGCUGAGAUGAAUAUUGCACACAGGAGCUGUUCUGGUGGGGUGAAGAUAAUAAAACCAAAGGUUAUCUUCUGUUCCCCUCUUGAUGACUACUAUUAAUUAUUAUAUUGAUGUCAUAUGACUUGUAGCCGAUGAUUUUGUGCUGAAUAAAAGGGUAAUUUGUGUUUUUAGAGGUCUUGUUCAAAAUAUUGCAUAUUUAAACUGGUCAGACCUAAACUAGAUUAUUCUUCACUAAUAAGAGAUUAUUUAAAACAUAGUUUGAGAUUUACAAAACGUUUUUUCUAAUUUUGAAACAAACACAA